GGGCCGCGUGUCCACUCUGCCAUCCACUUGGAGAAGCCCUUACUCAGCCUGGCCCCGCGGCAGGCCAAUCCUCUCCCCUUGUACCUUAGCUGGAACCUGGAACGGAUUCGCCCCCCAAAUGAUGCUCCAACAGCAAAAAUAGCACAAGUUUAUAGUUGCCCCAAGAAAGAGAAGCAGCGCGGUUCUUGCCGGUCUUAGUGGAACGACUAGCAUCCUUAACCUGGACAUGCCAGCGCUCCGGUUGUGACUUUGUGGGGACUUGGAGAGUCGAGCAAGCGCCUGCCGUGCACAUUAAAGGACACUUUCUGGAGCCGCGUUAGCUGCCGCGACCCACCAACGUGCCGCUGCCCAGGUCUCCGCUGGUGUCGUCCCCUUCUUACACGUCUGCAUUUAUCCGUGGAUCAUCUCGAGAGUCCGACUUGUAAAUGUUCAGCAUUUUGCUGCUUUACUGCUUUUUUCUGGGGACGGUUCCAGCACUUGCCGAGACCGGCGGAGAGAGGCGACUGAGCCCAGAGAAGAGCGAAAUAUGGGGACCCGGACUAAAAGCAGAUGUCGUCCUUCCCGCCCGCUAUUUCUAUAUUCAGGCGGUGGAUACAUCAGGGGAUAAAUUCACAUCUUCUCCAGGUGAAAAGGUGUUCCAGGUUAAAAUCUCAGCACCAGAUGAGCAAUUCACAAGAGUUGGAGUCCAGGUUUUAGACCGGAAGGAUGGAUCCUUCAUAGUGAGAUACAGAAUGUAUGCAAGCUACAAAAAUCUGAAGGUAGAAGUUAAAUUCCAAGGUCAACAUGUAGCCAAAUCUCCAUAUAUUUUAAAAGGGCCGGUUUACCAUGAGAACUGUGACUGUCCUUUGGAGGACAGUGCAGCCUGGUUACAGAAAAUGAACUGCCCAGGAACCAUUGCGCAGAUUCAGAAAGAUCUGGCACAUUUCCCCACUGUUGAUCCAGACAAGAUUGCAGUAGAAAUCCCCAAAAGAUUUGGGCAGAGGCAGAGCUUGUGUCACUACACCUUAAAGAAUAACCAGGUUUACAUCAAGACUCAUGGUGAGCAUGUAGGUUUUAGAAUUUUCAUGGAUGCCAUACUACUUUCUUUGACAAGAAAGGUGAAGAUGCCAGAUGUAGAGUUUUUUGUAAACCUGGGAGAUUGGCCUUUGGAAAAAAAGAAGUCCAGCUCAAACAUCCAUCCCAUCUUUUCCUGGUGCGGCUCCACAGAUUCCAAGGAUAUCGUGAUGCCCACCUACGACCUGACGGACUCUGUUCUAGAAACCAUGGGCCGAGUAAGUCUGGAUAUGAUGUCUGUGCAAGCCAACACGGGGCCUCCCUGGGAAAGGAAGAACUCCACCGCCCUCUGGAGAGGGAGAGACAGCCGCCAGGAGAGACUGGAGCUGGUCAAACUCAGCAGGAAACACCCAGAUCUCAUUGAUGCCGCCUUCACCAACUUUUUCUUCUUUAAACACGACGAGAGCCUGUACGGCCCCAUUGUGAAACACAUCUCUUUUUUUGAUUUCUUCAAGCAUAAGUAUCAAAUAAAUAUCGACGGCACUGUGGCAGCAUAUCGCCUGCCCUACCUGCUAGUGGGCGACAGUGUCGUACUGAAGCAGGACUCGAUCUACUAUGAACACUUCUACAAUGAGCUGCAGCCCUGGAAACACUACAUUCCAGUUAAAAGCAACCUCAGUGAUCUGCUGGAAAAACUUAAAUGGGCAAAAGACCAUGAUGAAGAGGCAAAGAAAAUAGCAAAAGCUGGACAAGAAUUUGCAAGAAAUAACCUCAUGGGUGAUGACAUAUUCUGUUAUUAUUUUAAACUUUUCCAGGAAUAUGCCAACUUACAAGUGAGCGAGCCCCAGAUCCGAGAGGGCAUGGAGAGGGUAGAAUCACAGACCGAAGAUGACCUCUUUCCUUGUACAUGCCAUAGGAAAAAGACCAAAGAUGAACUCUGAUAUGCAAAAAUACCUUUCCUUCAAAUAAUGGUGCUCUGAAGACUCUUCUCAGCAGAAAAGAAGAAUAUUUUUUUAAGUAUUAAUUCCCCAAUAUAAAAUCUGUUGUGAGAUUAUGUGCAUUAUGAAGAUUUUUCUACUAUACAUCAUUCCCCUGACUGUCCUUUAAAGCACAUUUUUAGAAUUUUAUAAUAAAUGCAUCUUUAUUUUAAA